AUGUUUUGGAAAUAUUGGUCAGACGCGACACUUUCCGCACUCCAAGAAAAACAUGUUAUUGUCACCGGAGCGUCCAAAGGACUAGGUGAACAGUUCGCGUAUUUUCUUUCGGCAAAUCAUGUAUCGCAUUUAGUGAUCGCAGCUCGAACAACCGAUCUUCUAGUGCAAGUAUCAAAACGAUGCAUCGAUCUCGGCUGUCAAAAAAUAAAAUAUAUAACACUUGACGCAGGAAAUGAGCAAGAAUGUUCAUUCUUGAUCACGGAAUCUGUGAAAUUUUUCCCUGAUGGCACAAUCGACAUGUUAAUUCUAAAUCACACAGACUCCGUUUAUGAUUUUAUGGAUUUCAAUGCGCCACCAACAGAGAUAAUUGCCACCCUUUGCCGAGUAACUCAAGUAAAUUAUUUUGGAUACGCGGCGUUGGCACAUCAUGCUCUGCCAUACAUGACCAAUGACUUGACUACCACGAUAGCUUCGAUGGAGUCCCCAUUAACAAUCACGGUCACCACCACACGGAAAACUAAUAUUAUUGUGAUUUCUUCGAUGUCCGCGUUAUUAUCCAUACAAAAAACUCAUGCUUAUGCGGCAAGUAAAAGUGCCAUCAAUCAGUAUUUUAUCAGGUUACGUGACGAAUUACGAUUUCAAGGAUUAGCGAAAAAUUGUCGAAUUUCAAUUUGUAUUUUGGGUGCUAUCGGAACUCAGAAUUUCUAUCGAACUGUCACGAAUCCUAAUGUACUCAGUCAGGCUUCUGACCCGAAAGCAACAGUCGAAACAAUUGUAAGGAGAUCUUUAUGUGGUGAUGAUUGGAUUUAUUACCCGAGUUCAGUUGGUUAUAUUGCGUGGUUGUCUGGUUUCAUGCCAGAAGUCGUGAGUCGACUGGUUAAUUGGUUAUAUACAUAA